AUGGCCAAGAGCAGUGGUGCGCGCGUGCUGGUGCUGGUGCUGCUGGUGGCGCAGUGUGCUUCUCGCUCACUGGCCGCCGCGGCCAGCAGCAAAGCCAGCAGCGGGAGCAGUGUAGAUCUGGUCGUUGCCAAGGCGGUCGCGAUCAGUACGGCUGCUCCAGCGCGGCAGCAGCAGGCGCCCGGGGCCGCUGCGGGCCUCGAUGGCGGCGGCGCGGCCGCAGAAGCGGGCGCGACCGAGCCGGAGCGGGUGCCGCAGUCGUCGGGAUGGUGGUAUGCAGGGCCUCUGAACCCGGCGGCGCUGAGAGAGGUCGCCAAGUCUCUGCAGAUGGGCCGCGGCGUUGAGCCAGACCACCGGCUGUCGCUGGAGCUUUUCAAAAAGGCCGCUGAUCUGGGGGACCCGGAGGCGCAUGGCCAGAUGGGCCUGCGGCACUCGGUGGGGCUGGCGCGGCCCGAGAAUCUGCAGGGGUCGUCGAUCCUGCGGUUUGAUGAGGCGAGUCCCGACGAGCCGCGCGCCCUGCUGCACUACUACUUUGGCGCCGCCGGCGGCGACACGCUCUCGCGUCUUGCCCUCGCAUACCGCCACACCCACGGCGCGGGGGUCCCCAAGUCGUGCUGGUCGGCGGCGGCGUACUACCAGCCGGCAGCGGAGGGCGUCGUCACCUCUAUGGUAGCCGACGGCGGCGUGCCGCAGAUGGAGCGCAUCCGCCUCAACCUGCACGCCAACGCGGGCAUGAAGCUGGACCGCCACCGCGACGUGCUGCAGUACUUCCAGAACAGCGCAGACCAGGGCAACGUCAACGCGCAGGCCGCCAUCGGAAAGGUGCUGAACGCGGGGUCCUACGGCGUGCCGCGCGACCCCAAGGGGGCGCAGCACUACCUGCGGCGGGCAGCGGACGCGGGAGACGCGGACGCCAUGGCGCACCUGGGCCACAUGCACGCGUCCGGCCUCAUCACCGGUGAGGCGGACUAUAAGAAGGCCCUCAAGUGGUUCACAGAGUCCGUGGGCAAGAAGGUGUCGCCGUCGGGGCUCUACGGCCUCGGCUACCUCCACUUCAGCGGCCGCGUCCCCACGGGCAAAGACCUGACUAAGGCGAGUAAGUUGGUCUGA